CGGCCAGCAAACUUGUGCAGAGAUCAUCGCUGUAAACGAACCAUGACAGUCCCAGCAUUGGGCGAUUCGCCCGACGUCUCAAACACUUUCCCUAUAAAAACUGCCCAUAAAAAGUCUACAACCUCCAACCUCCAAAUUCUGUACACGGAAUUUGCAAACCGACACUUUGUAACAAUCUCAGAGUACGGCAAAAUCGGCUCUUUGCUCGAAGCGACACUCGACGUUACUCCACAUCCAACGCCUAACCCAACUAUAAGCACCAAAGCUCUCCUAGGCCCUCCACAGGAUCCUCUUUCGCAUGUGUACGCAACCCACAUUCUUUCCCAAAUUCACGCAACCCGACCCAAUGAUACCAGGCCAUUGUUGCUUGGUCUUGCUCUGAAAAAGUCACGAAGGGAUGAGGAUGUUGAUGUUGAACAAGUAGACAGACAGGUGUUUGAGGAGGUUAUACAAUUAUGUCGAGAUGUGGGAGUUUGGUAGUGGUUAUAUGUAGUUUAUGACAGGAGAGUUUUUGAUUUUGUACAGAUGGCUCUCUAUCAAAUCUUUGAGUAUGCCCCUCUACACUAUAUUAAAUCAUUUAUCAACCCUAUCAAAAAAGCCAACAAGAGAUACUCAAUCAUUGUGCACGAC